AUGAUUCAGCUUCGGAGAGACACUUCUGCCGCAACACAAUCCUCGGUGGCGCCAUGUGAGGGAUCCGGGAACAGGCGUGAACGUGUCAGGGAGACACCGCUCCCAUGGGGUCAGCUGUUUAUUCUAUGCAUCGUCCUGCUUACGGAGAGCGUUUGCUGGAGUGUGUUGAUUCCGUUUGUGCCUUCCUUUAUUGCGUAUAUUAAGGGCUGGGACAUAGACAGCUCUGGCUACGCGUCAGGCUUUCCUGUCAGUCUCUUCAUGCUCGGACAAGUGCUGAGUGGCAAAUUAUGGGGCUCGUUCAGUAAUAAGGUCGGCCGCAAACUGGCCAUCAGCAUCGGCGUGUUCUGUUGUGCUGUUUGCAUGUUUUUCAUGGGACUGAGCGGCAGCUUGUGGGUGUUGUGCCUCUGGCGCUUUUUGCAUGGCUUGUUGGCCGGCUGCUCGAUCGUGGCCAAAACGAUGAUCAGUGAGUUGACGGAUACGACGAACCGUGCAAAGGGCCUGGCGCUGGUCAGUCUCACCUGGGGUGUGGGAACCCUGUUUGGCCCAGCUAUCGGUGGCUUUCUCUACAAUCCCGCGUCGAGUCCAGGGCUUGCCUUCCUGCACGUGUCUCCAACUAGCUUCAUGGGCAGGCAUCCCGCCUUUCUUCCCAGUACUGUCGUGGCAACGUACAACUUGUUUGCCGUACUAAUCAGUGUCCUGUUCUUACGGGAAAGCAACAAGAGUGCUCGGCCUCUACGAGAACUGCUGCCGCGCUAUGUUGUGAAAAUUCUUGGCCCCGUGUUGAAUUUUGUGCAGCCGCGGCUUCCGUGCGACACGGCCACCGAGGUGACAGUCAUAUACGCGGACGACCACACUGAAUCCAACGGAGCCGGACCUGUGAAGUCGCCUAGCGCAGCUUCCCAUCCGACGGGUACUUGCCUUUCCGAACCGCAUACCCACUUCGGCUUCAAAGAAGCCUUUGUGAACCCAUUGCUGCGGCGUGUCUGCCUCAUCUCGAUGCUGAUCUGCACAUCCGACAUGAUGUUCACGGAGAUUUUUCCGCUCUGGAUGGCAGCAGAGUCUCGGAACGGCGGCCUGCAGCUGUCACCGCACCAGAUGGCGAUUCUGUUGUUGGUGAACGGCGCCCCGACAGUGCUUGCGAACAUCGUCUUUGCUUCAGUGAUCAAGUAUUGGGGGGGACCCAUUCGGUUCUGGAUUGCGUCUCAGCUCAUAUAUGCCUUUUUCACAGUCGUGGUGCCAACGGCGACUGGGUUCGGCACAGGUAGGUUCUGGUAUACAAUGGCGAUGGGCAUGCUGCGCAAGGUGGUGGAGAGCUGGAACUUCGCACUCAUCAUGCUAUUCGUGUCACUGACGGCACCGCAAGGCAAGGUGGCCAUCAUGUUUGGCAUUCAGCAGUCUACAGGAUGUGUGGUUCGUUGCGCCGUGCCUUUCAUCUUUGCCCCGCUCUUCGCGUGGUCCAUCUCGACACCGCGCCCGUUUCCGUUGAACCACUACCUAGUGUUUCUCUUGAGCGUCAUUCCGCUAGCGAUUGGCGCCUACCUUGCAGCCUCCGUGUACAUUCCGUCCGAAAACAGCGGCGACGGAGGAGACGUGGAGGAACACGGUAGCUCAUCGGUCAUGGAGGACAACAAUGACGGGGACCGGCGCUCCAGUGCCGACUCGGCACGGGCAUCGGUGCGGUCACGCUACAGCUUCUUUGGCUCAUUCACUGGCGACGUCGAGGAACGCGAGUCUCUUCUCCACAGCUCCUUCGCGACCUUGGCCAUCGGGACUGCUAUCAACCCUAUUUCUGGAGUCGUUCAGAACGCCAUCUUCAACUUCCCGGAGGGCUCUCCGCUACACGUGACCGGCGAGGACGGCGCUAGUACCACAAGGCGGCCGCUAGCCGAGAUCGACGAUUCCCGUGAGAACUCUAGCCAAGAGGGUGACGAAGUCGACGAUAAUGGCGAAUACGCGACUUUGGCGGACGAGAUGGAAGAUAUGCCACUAUUGAUUUCAGAUGGUAUGCUCGAACGAGAGGAUGUCCGCGUUGCACAGGUCAACGACCUGCUUGAGGACGAGGAACUCCCAUCUUCCACGCCGCCUGUUCACUAA